CCCCUCCCCCCAGCGGGCGGGAACAGGAUGUGAGCCCGAGCGGCGGCAAGGGGGAGGGGAAGCCUCGGGCGGCCGCCCCCCGCCCCACAUCUGGGACCUGAUUCUCCCCGCCCCAGAUGCGGCGCCGCCGCCGCCCCCGGAGCCCCGGGGCAACUAUCGGGGAGCCCAAGACUGACAGAGUGUCGGACCCGGGCGUCCGGGAUCUCUAUCCCGGUCUUUAAGAGACUCGCAAGUCCAGACUCCCGCGCCGGGACCUCUGAUGCCCAGCGCCUCCUCUUGAAGGAGCCACGGGUCCCGGACGUCAGCUCUGAGGCUAGAGGCCCGUCCCUGCACCAGGCUGAAGACCGUAGGAUCCGUGGCCGCGCAUCCCCCCCGCACCUGGGGCUCUAACUCUUGAGUCCAAGACCGCCUCCUGGAGCCACUUGGGGACCGGACCUCGCUCCUCGACUUAGGGCUGCAGCAUCCAUCACUUCCAAGAGACGGAGGAGUUUGCGAGUCCUUGCGCUCCCUCCGGAGGUGACUUCAUCCCUGCCCCUAAACUCCGGAAUCCCGGGCCCCCUACCAUACACAGCCCUACCUAGAAGACUCAGGAAUUUGUGUACCCAGCGCCCCCGUCUGAGACUCGAGUGGAGGGUUGCAGCAUCUUCCACUUAGAACACCGAGACUUCGGACUCUGGAUCCCAACUCUCCCCGGAUUCUGGAGUCUGAGACCCCCAAGUUCACGACCCUGAGUCCGGGAUGUGAGCCUCCUCAGGGACCGCGCGUUACGGUCCAGACGCGCCGGACUCCCGACCCUGGGGCCCGCAGCUCCCCGGGAGGUCCGAGUUGUGCCACUCAGCCAUGCCCGAGGGAGCCCGGAGACUCAGUCCGUCCAAACCCAGCCUUAGGCUCGGGUGUGGCCACCAAGGUGAAGCUUGCGACUGCGCAGCUGUGAACGAUACUCCGACAGCAGCCCCGGCAGCCCCCACCAUGGCUUCCCCGAGGGGUUCCGGCAGCUCCACCUCCCUGAGCACUGUGGGCUCUGAGGGGGACCCAUCACCAACCUGCUCAGCCUCCAGGCCAGAGCCCUUGCCAGAGCCCCCCAUACGUCUGCACCUGUUGCCCGUGGGAAUCCAGGACUCGGUGAAACCCUCAAGGCUGGAGCGAGUGGCCAAGGAGAUCGUGGAGACAGAACGGGCAUAUGUCCGGGACCUUCGCAGCAUUGUGGAGGACUACCUGGGUCCCCUGAUGGACGGCAGGGCCCUGGGGCUGAGCAUGGAGCAGGUGGGCACGCUGUUUGCCAACAUCGAGGACAUCUAUGAGUUUAGCAGUGAGCUGCUGGAGGACUUGGAGAGCAGCAACAGUGCUGGGGGCAUCGCCGAGUGCUUUGUGCAAAGGAGCGAGGAUUUUGACAUCUACACAUUGUACUGCAUGAACUACCCGAGCUCCCUGGCCCUGCUCCGAGAGUUGUCGCUGUCUCCGCCAGCCACUCUGUGGCUGCAGGAACGUCAGGCCCAGCUCCGUCACUCCCUGCCUCUGCAGAGCUUCUUGCUGAAGCCUGUUCAGCGCAUCCUGAAGUACCAUCUGUUGCUGCAGGAACUGGGCAAACACUGGGCAGAGGGCCCAGACACCGGAGGGCGAGAGAUGGUAGAAGAAGCUAUUGUGUCCAUGACCGCAGUGGCCUGGUACAUCAACGACAUGAAGCGCAAGCAAGAGCAUGCAGCACGCCUUCAGGAAGUGCAGCGGCGACUAGGUGGCUGGACUGGCCCCGAGCUCAGUGCCUUUGGAGAACUGGUGCUGGAAGGCACCUUCCGUGGAGGCGGCGGGGGAGGCCCUCGGCUGCGAGGGGGUGAACGCCUGCUCUUCCUGUUCUCCCGGAUGCUGCUUGUGGCCAAACGGCGGGGGCCUGAAUACACCUACAAGGGCCACAUUUUUUGCUGUAACCUGAGUGUCACUGAGACGCCUCGGGACCCCUUAGGAUUUAAGGUGUCGGAUCUGACCAUCCCCAAACACAGACACCUGCUCCAGGCCAAGAACCAAGAAGAGAAACGGCUGUGGAUCCAUUGUCUCCAGCGCCUCUUCUUUGAGAAUCACCCGGCUUCCAUCCCUGCCAAGGCAAAGCAAGUUCUUUUGGAGAACAGCCUGCACUGUGCUCCAAAAAGCAGAUCUAUCCCAGAGCCCCCAAAGUCCCCACUGGACUCUCCCCGCCCUCGGGACGCUCGAAGUUUCACCCCUGGCAGAAGAAACCCAGCUCCGUCUCCAGGACUCUCCGGCAGUCGUCGUGGCCGCAGGAAGUCUGGUGAGUACUCACCCCUUCAAGGGGACCCAGGGACCCAAGGGCCUGGCCUCCUGAUACCCUGUGUCCCUCCCCCAGAGCCAGCAAAGGAAUCUUAUGUCAUUCUUCCCCAGAACGAGAAGCCUCAAGUCAAGCAUGCUGGCAGUGAAGGGGAGCUCCAUCCCCCACCUGAGUUGCAGCCACCCAUGUCUGUUUCUGGUCCCCCUGAAGACCUGGAGGAUGCUGGACCUCCCACAUUGGAACCAUCGGGAACCUCCAUCACUGAGGAAAUUCUAGAGUUGCUUAACCAGAGAGGCCUCAGGGACCCAGGGCCAGCCACCCACGACAUUCCCAACUUCCCCAGAGACUCCAGGGUGCCAGUUGAAAGCGAACCCCUCCCGUUCCAAGCCUUGCCCAGCCGAGAGUCUUCAGAAGAGGAGGAGGAAGAGCUGGAGGCAGAUGAACGGGAGCCAUCUCCACUCCAUGUCUUAGAGGGGCUGGAAGGUUCCAGUCCAGCUGAAAUUCCCUGCAUACCCAGCCUUACCAAGAUUCCCAACGACACGCCCAGCCUUCCAGAAAUUCCCGAGGUUCCCUGCCUUCCAAGCCUCUCUGACAUCCCUGGUGUUUUUGAGAUGCCGUGCCUUUCACCCAUGUCCAGUGUCCCUGACAUCCCCAGCUUGGCCAGCACCCCCUCCUUCCCUUGUGGCUCCUGGCUCCCUGGACCCCUGCAGGAGUCUGCCCAGCCUCUAGCCACCAGGAGGGAACUGUCGACUGAGAGCAGUCCGGGAAGACUGGGCGAGCCACCCUCAGAAAGCAGAGAGGGGCAGGAGGAAGACGCAGAAGGCAUGUUGUUUCCAGCUGUGCAGACCCAGGGUGGCACCCAAGUCCAAGGAUUCCCGGAGGAACUGGAAUAUCGCUCUUGUUCAGAAAUCCGAAGCGCCUGGCAAGCGCUGGAGCAGGGGCAGCUGGCCCGGCCUGGCUUCCCAGAACCUCUGCUGAUCCUGGAGGACUCUGAUCUCAGUGGAGGCAGCACUAGCGGGAAGGCAGGAAUGCCACAUUCCGAUCGCUCAGCGUCCAGGGUGCGAGAGCUGGCUCGGCUCUACAGUGAGCGGAUUCAGCAGAUGCAGCGAGCCGAGACGAGGGCAUCCACCAAUGCACCCCGCCGCCGACCUCGAGUCCUGGCCCAACCCCAGCCAUCCCCCUGCCCACCCGAGGAGGAGGCUGAGCCAGGGCCCCUGCCUGCUUUUGGACAUGUGCUUGUGUGUGAACUGGCCUUCCCACUGAACUGUGCCCAGGAGUCUGUCCCUCUGGGCCCUGCUGCUCUCGUUCAAGCUGCCACACCUUUGUCUGAGCAAGGAGUUCACCUGAAUGGCCAGAGUCUAAAUGUUUCGGAUUUGCCCAGGCAAGACCAUCUAGGCAGCUGCAUUCCACCUGUUCCUUUACCUGGGCAAAGCGACUUUGAGAGCAUCCAGGUUCCAUCCAUAUCCCCUUUGCCCAAGCAAGAAGAUUCUCCAGAUGUCCAGGUACCAGCUGCCUCCGCUUUGCCUGAUCAGAGUCAAGUUCCAGCUGCCGCUCCUUCAAUGGAUCAUAGAGACUAUAUGGAAAUCCAGGUGCCGUCCACCAGUACCUGCCUUCCUGGGCAAGAGUGUCACACUGAACUCCAAAUGCAAACCACUAUGGCAUUGCCUAACCAGGGAGCUUGUGCUAGCGUCGUGAUUUUAACCACCCCCCUCUUGCCCAAGCAAGAGGGUCACGAAGACAGCCAACAGUCAAACAGUGCCCCAGGAAGUGAGCAGAGAGAGGUCAGCAUUGAUCAGGGCCCAGUUGCCGUCGGGGGCCAAGCUGUCAGCCCUUUACCAAUAUACACAAGCAGCCCUGACCAUCAGAUCCCAGUCACCAUCUCCCGGCCAUUGUCACCUGACCUCCCAGACUUCGAGGGUCCUGGCGCCUUACCUCUCCCUACACAGGGAGGUCAUCCGGACUGCUGCAUCCCAUGCAGCCCUCUGCCGCCUUUGUCCCAAGACACUGAGAUGCCAACUACCAUACCCAUGUCCCAGCCCCAAGUCCUCGCAGACAUCAGGGCAGAAGCUCCCCAAUUGUUCCCCAAGCAGGAGGGAGCUCCAGAUUCUCGGGGUCCAGAGUCCAGCCUCACAGACAUACCACCUUCUGGACUCUCACCUUCUCCACUGGGCCAGCAGAACCCCACAGAUGGCCAUGUUUCAGGGGCCACACAUUUUACCGAACAAGGAUGCUCUCAGGACCUUCAAGGCCUAGUAACCACCCCGAUUCCCACCACCGUGGAGUUAUCCAAACCAAGAGGCCAUUUGGUCUCUCCUGUUGUCAAGUCAGAGUCUUCAGACUCAACCCCACUGCAAAGCCCCUCACUCUCCACUCGCCAGCUCCUGGGCCCCAGUGCAGCUGCCCUCUCAAGGUACCUGGCAGCUUCAUAUAUCAGCCAGAGCCUGGCUCGGCGUCAGGGACCUGGUGGAGACAGCCUGGUAGCCUCCCAGGGUCACUGGUCCUCCUCUGCCCCCACAUCACGGGCACCUUCACCACCACCUCAGCCCCAGCCCCCAGCCCCUCCAGCCAGGAGGCUCAGCUACGCCACCACAGUUAGUAUCCAGGUAGGUGGUGGUGGGCGGCUACGGCCAGCCAAAGCCCAGGUUCGGCUGAACCACCCUGCUCUCCUGGCAGCCCCCCACCCGGGAGCCUGUGGGCCUUCCCAAGGCCCAGGGGGCUCCUGAUGCCCCUUCUCAUAUGUAAGCCUGGACAUUGGGCUUCCUAAGCUUCAAGAACUUUCCCAUCCAGAGUCAGGACACGGGUCUGGACAUGGCUGCAGCUUUCCAGGCCCUGGGAUCUGUGUUCAUAGAUGGCCGGCCCUUCUGAGGUCACGGUUAUUUUGUUAAUUAACUUUAUGAAAUGCUGUGUGUUUUGCCAUUCUUGAGGUAGUGGGAGAUGUAAAACAUGAUAAAUGGGAAGGGCUGAUGUGGCCCAAGUGUGAAAA